AUGAAUGCCCUAGAUGAAGCAAAAAGAGAGGCUGCCAAGCGUGCAGUACCUCGAGCCAACGGACAACGCUUGACCCGCAGGCGUGUCCCCCUUUCAUGUAUCGCGUGUCGAGUGCGAAAAUUGAAAUGCAAUCGAGAGAAGCCAUGCCAAAAUUGUGUUGUCAGAGGAGAAACGAUUGCAGCUGCGUGUACCUACGUGGAGAAAGCGGACAAAAAGAGUUCACUACUAUCAAACCCACGCUCAGAUGCUGAGGAUAUGAGGAAGAGGCUCAAUCGUCUCGAGAGCUCCAUUCUCUCCAUGAUGGAUACUAAUGGGAAUCGCUCUGAAACUUCUGCAUCCAGUCUUUCCCACGUGUCAGGUGCCGAGAACACCAGUGAAAGCCCAGAUCAAACUGGAGGGCAAAAGAUAUCUGUUGAUUCCAGGAGCACACACUGGGAUGCUAUCUUGAAUGAGCUUGGAGCUAUGAAGGAUGCUUGGAGUGAAGAGAACGACAAGAUUGAGUUCUCAAAUGGCCCAGUUCCUACUGGAAAGCCUUUUCGACCAAGUCUCCUUUCCGGACUUUCGCAGCCUCCUGAUCGAGCAACUAUCAUGGAGUCUUUGCCUUCCAAGGAAGCCACUGACAGACUUGUUUCCCAAUUUUUCAAAUCUUACACCCCGUCGGUACCCGCGGCAUUUUUGGUUCAUGAAGCAACAUUUCUGAAGCAGUGUAACAAGCACUGGGAAAAUCCAGCUGAAACCAAAAUAAUGUGGAUAGGUCUCUUGUUUGGCGCGAUGGGUCUUGCAAUGCAGUCAUACACCAGAACCGGCGAUAUCCCUCCCGAAUACCAGGGCACUAUACCAGCGAUGGUAGAUCUAUAUCGUAUUCAGGCAGCCCAGUGCAUUGUCCUUGCCGAUAUAACUAAACCAGUCGAGUUCACAAUCGAAACAUUGAUGUUCUACACAAUGCUCGAGUACACAGUCUCCAGAGAUGGAGAUAUGGGCACAUGGCUUUUAUCCGGUACGAUCAUGCGUCUGGCGUUGCAGCAAGGUUACCACCGUGAUCCAUCACAACACCCGAAUCUCACGCCCUUUCAAGGGGAGAUGCGAAGGAGAGUUUGGAUUAGCCUUAAUCAGCAUGAAUUGCUAUUCUCUGUACUUGUUGGUCUACCCAAGCCGGUCAAGUAUGCGGAAUGCGAUACGCAGCCACCUCGCAAUAUCCAUGAGGAGGAGCUUUACGAGGAUAUGAAGGAAUUGCCACCUUCUCGACCUCUGACCGAACCAACUAAAGUUUGUUUUCAGGUUGUCAAGUCUCGAUUGAUGCGGGCCUACGGCGAGGUUGUAGAGUUCCUCCAUCUUAUUCGGCCGCAGCCUUUUGCAGAGGUCAUGAGGCUUGACUUGAACUUGAUGAAAACCCGGGAGAUGAUUCCAGCCCAUCUACAGCUCGGGGAUACACUGGAAGAUAUGAAGAAUGACCAACCAGCAAGGACCAUGGAGAAAUAUAUCCUCCAACUAUUUUACCACAAAGCAAUAGUUCUACUCCAUCGCAAAUUUUGGGAUGCUGCGCCAGAAGGUACCCCGCCGGGAAAGUUCUAUUACUCACGGAAGACAUGUGUUGCUUCAGCAGUUGCUCUUUUAGAUCACCAAGCACUGAUGCAUGAAGGAAUCCGUCCAGGCGGACCACUUGUCAAAAUGAAAUGGUACCAUUUCGUCAUCACCACCCACGAUUUUCUUCUCGCGGCAAUGGUCAUAUGCCUGGAUGUCAUGAACCUCCGACGACAAUUUCCAGACAACAAUUUCCCUCCUUGUGUCAUUACGGAACCACAAAAGCUAAACGCCAUUCUGAGAUCAAGGAAUAUAUGGGCGGACAUCGUGGAUGAUUGCCAGGAUGCAAAAAGGGCUGUCACCUUGUUGGAUGCUGUUUUGAGCAAGCUGAAAAUUAAAGGCCAGCGAGAGGAGAAGAGAACAGAGGAGAUAUAUCAAGCUCAGCCCUUAUCAGCGUUGGCUCCGCACCCAACGGCGGAAACUUUAAGGUUUGAUCCAUACUUUACCGAUCAAUUUGCGCUGGGUGGGAUGCCUCUCGCAGUGGGAUAUCCUACUACUGAGGACGACAUCAUGCAAGAUACGUUUCCUGAUAUCCUGUCUUCCGAUCUUUCUGUUCCAAAUGACUUUGACUGGGAUGCUUGGGAUCAGUUCCUGCAGGUACAACAGCAGUCAUUUACCGAGGCAAUCCCCUAUGAGUUUCAGAUGCAAAGCGUAUGA